AUGACGGGUAACAGCCAAUAUGUCUCUAAUAUGUCUCUACAGGGAAAUCUUCCCCCGGAUUACCAGAUCACCUUGAUCGAUAUCGGAUUGGUCCUGGAGUUCCUGAUGGGCGGGGCUUAUCGCUGUAACUACACCAGAAAGCAGUUCCGCACCCUUUACAACAACCUCUACGGUGUGAAAAGACCGAAAGCUUUGAAAAUGUUAGGACUGGAGGACGACGAGCCACAAGGAAAGGGCAAGAGUAAAGGGAAGAAGAAGAAGAAGGAGGAAGAGAUCGACAUCGAUGUGGACGACCCAGAGGUCUGRCGCUUCCAGUACCCGUUCCAUGAGCUGAUGGUGUGGGCCGUUCUCAUGAAGCGCCAGAAGAUGGCMCUGUUCCUGUGGAAGCGGGGGGAAGAGGCCAUGGCCAAAGCUCUGGUGGCCUGUAAGCUGUACAAGGCCAUGGCCCACGAGUCGUCUCAGAGUGAACUGGUGGACGACAUCUUCCAGGACCUGGAAAACAAUUCCAAGUUAGUGAGGGGCUAG